AUGUCUGCAACUGCUAUCGAGCAACAUGAAGAACUAGAAGAGGAGAAGGAAAAACCAAAUACAAUAUGCUUGGUUUGUAAAGACAGAGGAGUUGCGAAUUUCAAUAAGGUUUUCUCCUGCGCUGCGUGCAAAUCAUUUUUCACCAGAACCCUUCGUCAGAGUAAAAGGAUCAAGGACAGUGUAUGCAAAAAACAAUGGGAUUGUUUUGAUCAAGAACCUCCAUUUAGUAGAAAAUGUGCUCCUUGUCGGUUGAAAAAGUGUAUCGAUGUGGGAAUGUUGCUCACUUCUAAAAUCGAGGAAGCAUUGAAACUCAGGGGAUUGGCAUUAAAUCAAGUGAUUAUUAUAUUGAGCAAGAAAGACUAUCGAAUACAAGAAAAAUUAAUGACACACUAUUCUGUUCGAGACCCAACGUUGGAUCAGGUGUUGGCGGAUAGAGACUGCGCCAAACUAGAAAAGAUGACCCCUGGCAUCAAGAUGACUGCACACGAAUGGGCUUAUCUUGAUGUCUAUUCUCGGAUUGUCAGUUACCUCGAAUUCGACUUCAUUAAUUUUCUCGAAUAUAAAGACAAGAAAAUCUUAUUCACCUACAAUUCGAUGCGUAUGUUGCUACUUGGUGGUGCAAUGAGAACUGUCAGAGAAAAACGUGCAAUGCUGAUGACUCCUGACGGAGAAGAUGUUUAUCCGGAGGUCGUAUACCAGCUGUUUGGUGGUUGUAAACAAGUUUUGAUGGAAAUAUGUUGUGAGCUAAGCGGAAAGCUGAUUGACCUGCAAGUCACCUACGAGGAGUACCUGUUUCUUAUGCAGAUAUUUUUUCUGAAUCCUAGCAUCUCUGAUCAGCUGUCUGAUAAGGCAAAAGCCACUCUGGCAGAGUUCCAAGACAAGUUCAGCUAUCAUCUCCUUCUCUAUUGUCAGCACACUUACCAACAACAUGCUUCGUCUAGAUAUGGGAAUCUGCUAUCGUUGAUGACUGUUGUCGACAGAAUCAGCAGCCGUUUACAAUGCGUCAGUAUGCUCUUCCAAGUCAUGGUACCCACAUUCCCAUUCAAGAAGUUGGUGGCCGACACAUUUGUCAAUAUUGGAACACUACCGCCACCGCUUCAAGCUGAUGAGGUUUCAGUACCAGUUCAGCAAGAAUUCUUCAAUGAAGCAAUGCAGAAUAUUGAAGCGGUGAACGAUGUAAAAAUGGAGCAGAUGGAAUAUUAA